UCUUUGCUUUUACCACAUGCUUAGUGUCAAUGUGUGAAUUUUGAGGUUAUGAAAUACUAUUUUUUGUUAUUGUUUUUUUAUUUGUGCUUUUAUUAGCUAAUAAAUUGAAAUUACAUCAAUAAUUUACCAAUCAUGAACAAAAAACUAAUAAAUAUAGCAGGAAAAGAAUCGUUUCAAAGAAUGAAUUAUUUGUAUCAGGCAAGUGAGUUAAUGCAUAAAUUGAAUGCAAAUAUUUCUACACAUUACAACGAUAUAUUAUUAAGUAUUGCAAAAAAGUCAGUUUUACGAAUUGAUACAACUAUUAAAAAUACUUUAUGCAAAGGAUGCCACUCAUUACUUGAACCAGGUAACACAACACGAUUACGAUUUAAAAAGAAAAAUAAAUUUAUGAGAAUUAAAUGUUUGAAUUGCGGAACAAUUAAAAGAAUUCUUUGUAACAAAAAUUAUAAAAUAUGGAAUGAUAGACCAGAAUCUAUUUUAACUAUUAUCGAUUUAAAAAAUAACACUUAGCGAAAACAAACUUCAGUUAAUACUAUGUUGAAAUAACAUAAUUAUUUAUGAAAUUAAAUUUUUAAAAGAAGAAAUAUUGAUGUUCCCUGAAAUUAAGCUGCCAGUGAACCGAAAUAUUUGCUAAGUGGAUUCCGAUUUGUGCUUGCGUACAAUUAUUGUCGAAAAUAUAAAACUAUUUAAAAUAUUUUACGUUUAGUAUAGACAUUAGCGGGAAGAAUUUCGUUGCACUAUACUUUUUAAAAGUAACCCUAGUGUGUUUGCAAAAGCUUAUUUCUGGAAAAUUAAGGACCUUGCUUUUACCGCUAAUGUCUAUACU